CCCGAGCCCGAAUCCCCGCACUCGGUGUCACGACGGGAGGAGACUCAGGCCGCGCUCCUGCCUCACCCCCACCCCACCCCUCUCCGACUCCUCGUGGAGCUCUGAGCCCCCUUUCCAGCGCCCCCAGCCGCGGGGCCGUUCGCCCUGACUCUCAGCAAACUUUUCCGCCCUGGGCUCGGGAUCCUGGACUCUGGGGCCUCGCCGCCCGCCCCUUUCCCGGGUUCCAUCCCGAGCCUCUGGACCAAGAGCGAGCAGCCGCCCACCUCCCCGCGUCCCUCCCUCUCUCUCUCUCUCUCCAGCCUUUUUUGGGGAGGGGCUUUUCACGCUGCGGAGAGUUCCCGAGGGUCACCCGCGCUCCGCUCGCCUUGCUGUUUCGUCUUCACCUGGAUAUAAUUUCCGAGCGAAGCUGCCCCCAGGAUGACCACACUGGCCGGCGCUGUGCCCAGGAUGAUGCGGCCCGGGCCGGGGCAGAACUACCCGCGCAGCGGGUUCCCGCUGGAAGUGUCCACCCCGCUGGGCCAGGGACGAGUCAACCAGCUCGGUGGUGUAUUUAUCAACGGCAGGCCGCUGCCCAACCACAUCCGCCACAAAAUCGUGGAGAUGGCCCACCACGGCAUCCGGCCCUGCGUCAUCUCGCGCCAGCUGCGCGUGUCCCACGGCUGCGUCUCGAAGAUCCUGUGCAGGUACCAGGAGACCGGCUCCAUCCGUCCGGGCGCCAUCGGUGGCAGCAAGCCCAAGCAGGUGACAACGCCUGACGUGGAGAAGAAAAUCGAGGAAUACAAAAGAGAGAACCCGGGCAUGUUCAGCUGGGAAAUCCGAGACAAACUGCUCAAAGACGCGGUCUGUGAUCGGAACACCGUGCCCUCAGUGAGUUCCAUCAGCCGCAUCCUGCGGAGUAAAUUCGGGAAAGGCGAAGAGGAGGAGGCCGACCUAGAGAGGAAGGAGGCAGAGGAAAGCGAGAAGAAGGCCAAACACAGCAUCGACGGCAUCCUGAGCGAGCGAGCCUCAGCACCUCAAUCAGAUGAAGGAUCUGACAUUGACUCUGAACCAGACUUACCACUAAAGAGGAAACAGCGCAGGAGCCGAACCACCUUCACGGCAGAACAGCUUGAAGAACUGGAGCGUGCUUUCGAGAGAACCCACUACCCUGAUAUUUAUACCAGGGAGGAGCUGGCUCAGAGGGCAAAGCUUACUGAGGCCCGAGUACAGGUCUGGUUUAGCAACCGUCGUGCAAGAUGGAGGAAGCAAGCUGGGGCCAAUCAACUGAUGGCUUUCAACCAUCUCAUUCCGGGGGGAUUCCCUCCCACUGCCAUGCCGACUCUGCCAACAUACCAGCUGUCAGAGACCUCUUACCAGCCCACGUCUAUUCCACAAGCUGUGUCGGAUCCCAGCAGCACCGUUCAUAGACCUCAGCCACUUCCUCCGAGCACUGUACACCAAAGCACUAUUCCUUCGAACCCGGACAGCAGCUCUGCCUACUGCCUCCCAAGCACCAGGCAUGGAUUUUCCAGCUAUACAGACAGCUUUGUGCCUCCGUCGGGGCCCUCCAACCCCAUGAACCCCGCCAUUGGCAAUGGCCUUUCACCUCAGGUAAUGGGACUUCUGACCAACCACGGUGGGGUACCUCAUCAACCUCAGACGGAUUACGCCCUCUCCCCUCUCACUGGGGGCCUGGAACCUACCACCACGGUGUCAGCCAGCUGCAGUCAGAGACUUGACCACAUGAAGAGCUUGGACAGUCUGCCAACAUCUCAGUCUUAUUGUCCACCCACCUAUAGCACCACGGGCUACAGUAUGGACCCCGUCACAGGCUACCAAUACGGGCAGUAUGGACAAAGUGCCUUUCAUUAUCUCAAGCCAGAUAUUGCAUAAGUGAACUGUCCACUUGGAGCGAAAACUGGCCCUGUUUCUGGUCUCCACAGCUUAGACAUGAAGAAUCUCAGAAAAAAAAAAUCAACCCUUUGGGGAGAGGGCAGUCCCAACAGGAGACAAAGAAGAGUGACCGAUUUUCUUUCUCCAGUAGUUGGUUUCGAGUUCUCUCAAACGUGUUGGACAAAAGCAAUGGAGAAGAGGAAGAGGUGGAGCAAUAAAAGACAAAUGCAACAUUUUAUUGCAAUGGCUAUGUGUCAAAAUAUCCCAACUCUUUAGUGCUGAUGAUCAAGGAGCUAAACAUUCCAUUUGCAUGCACCCACACAUGUAUGUGCGUGCGUGCGUGUGUGUGUGUGUGUGUGUCUGAGAUUUACCUUGACUUUUAAACUGUAGAAGGACAACACCCUCUCACAUGUUUGAUGUCCAAGCCUGAUGCUUCUACAACUUCAAAACUGCUCCCUAAUGAAGCAAGAAUGGAGGACUCCUUAACUUGUACACACUGGAAAUUGAUAUAAAAAUAAAUGGCACCAUUUUUAGGAAGCUAGAUUAGAUAUAAAGGACCUCCUAAAUAAAUUAUUUGUUAUUAUAUGCUCAUUUGUAAUCUAGUUGUCAAUAAACGUCCCAGAGAAGAUAUGGGAUCCCAGGAAGGAAAGUUUGUCUUCUUUUCCAUUGUUGGGAGAGGUGUGUGGCAUUUUCCCCAACCACAUUCACUUGGAAGCCAAUCUGGGUGGCAGUGAGGGCCUGGUGGAGAAGAAGUGACAUGAAUUCACAUAUCUGCUUAUCAGUGUGCAAUACUGUGUACCUCACAGAUGCUUUGGCAUGGCCAAGGUGAUAUAAACUAAAUCAGAACUAUAUUUUUUGCAGGUGCUUUUGUUUUUACAGCCCAUAACUCAUUACAGUAGAAUGCAGUGAUGUUUGCCAUUUGCUGGACAACAAACACUUGGCACGCUCCUUUUGGCUAGAGACCGUCAGAGAAGAAUACUUUUUAAAUGAUUACGUUUACAUUCUUCUCUUUCCUAUGAAAGACAGGGCAAGAACAUAAAUGUCCACGUGGCUCUCAUGUGCUUUUAAAUUAUACAAUGAUAUCCAAUAUUAAAAGAUUAUGGGAACUGAGGUUUACAGACAUUUGUGUGAUGACAUUUUAGAAUGUCAAUAAAUUCGUUUUUUAAAAUGUUAAGAGGAACAAGAAGGUGGAAGGCAGUGUUAUUUAUUUCUUUCUAUUCUUGGAACCAUGAAUGAGUUAGGCACAGAUACAUUCCUUGUAGCAUUAAGAUCUAUGAUGUAGUGAGUUAGUGAGACUAGACAUAGUACCAAGUUUAGUUCAUGCAUUGGUCUUAGAGGGUGAUGGAACAGAAGUGCUAUCUUUGUGUUGCAGCCUCAGCCAACAACAAUGUGUUGUAAAAAUGUCUUUCAUGUAAAAAGUGCAGUAAAUAUUUACUAUUUAUAAUGAAUAAACAGUUAUGAAAACUUGCUAAA